AUGACAAACAUACUAAAUUGGAAAAAUGUGUAUCUAUUAACAAUUCCAUUCAGAUUUAUAUUUACUUUAUCCAAUUCAUACAUUCAUCCAGACGAACACUUUCAAUCAAUUGAAGUAUUAAGUAGUACUAUUUUAGGAUAUUCAACUAAUUUACCAUGGGAGUUUACAUCAGAUUUACCAGCAAGAAGUUAUGCUCCAUUAUAUAUAAUAUAUGGUCCCAUACUAUAUUUCAUUAAAUUUUUCAAUCUUCAAUUAACACCUAUUCAAAUAUGGUAUAUACUACGAUUACAAGUCUGCAUUAUUAGUUGGUUGCUUAUAGAUUUUUGUUUAUACUGGAUGUUACCUACAAAACAGGAAAGAAUUAAAGCAUUAUUUUUCACACUGACCUCAUUUGUAUCUUUGGUGUUUCAAAAUCAUUUAUUUUCAAAUAGUAUUGAAACUGUAUUGUUACUAGCAGUGGUUUAUAUACUAGAUGAUUUGAGGUAUAUUCAAGAACAAAAGGACCUAGAGAAUAUGAAUAAAACAAAGACUUUAUUGGUGCUAGGUGCCUUACUAUCAUUUGGAAUAUUUAAUAGAAUUACAUUUCCUGCAUUUUUGAUCUUACCAAGUUGGUAUUUAUUAACAUAUGUGUACACCCAUUUGAGUUCAAUAAUUCCAUUGACUUUGGGAUUUAUUUUACCAACUAUAGCAUUCGUUUUAUUAGACACAUAUCUAUAUAACUCAAGUUCAUAUGUAAUUGCCCCAUUAAAUAACUUACUAUACAACUCGAGUUACGCAAAUUUAUCAAUACAUGGAAUACAUCCCUUUUAUACCCAUGUGCUAGUCAAUUUGCCUCAGUUAAUUGGCCCAGGUUUGGUUUUCAUGUUGUCCAAAGUUUAUAUAAAAACAACACCAUUUUUAACAAUAUUAAGUGGACUUAUUUUCCUCUCAAUUUUCCCACAUCAAGAGUUAAGAUUUUUGAUCCCCUUGUUACCGCUUUGUUGUUGCUGUUUUGAUUUGACUCAAAAAUUUGUUAAGCCAUGGAUGGUUCACUUAUGGUAUAUUUUUAAUAUAGGAAUGAGUUUACUUAUGGGAGUGUUCCAUCAGGGAGGUGUUGUGCCUGCUUUAGAAUAUAUUAGAGAAAACGAUUUGCAAGGUGUUCAUAUUUGGAAAAACACUUAUUCUCCACCUUCUUGGAUAUUGGGCAGUCAAUCUAUUGAAACAAUUACGCUAAAACAGAAAAUAAAUAAUUCAAAAAAUUUUACAAUGAUAGAUGCCAUGGGCUCUUCAAUUGAAAAUAUAACGAACCAAAUUGUUGGAGAUAGACCGGUAUAUUUAAUAACUCCAUUGGCAUCUUAUAAUUAUGGUGAGAAGUUCAAACCUAUUUGGAAUUAUACGUAUCACAUUGAUUUAGAUCACUUAGAUAAUUUUCAACUAGGACUAGGUAUAUAUCAAUUAAUAUAG